GGGAAACCCGGUCCAAGGGGACCUCCUGGUAAACGUGGAUCAGUAGGACUUCAAGGACCAAUAGGCGUAAAAGGGGAUCUCGGAGUUCCAGGGGUUGCUGGUCCGACAGGACCUAAAGGCCCGCCAGGUGAGAAGGGUGUUAAAGGGGAUCUCGGACUUCCCGGUGUUCCUGGUCCCGUGGGGUCUCGAGGCCCGCCAGGUGAAGAAGGCACAAAAGGUGAGCCGGGCCAGUCCAUCCGGGCUCCGUCUCUGCUGCAGCGUCCUGUUGAAACCACGGUCAAUGAAAGUCAGACAGCAAUCAUCAAAUGUACAGCUGACGGUAAUCCAACACCACAAGUCACAUGGUCAAAGAUGAAUUCUUCGCUACCAGUGGGACGUCACGUGGUAGAGUCCAGUGGUGCUCUGGUUGUGAAGGACGUUAGGCCUGGAGACAAGGGUUUGUACAACUGUCGAGCUGAGAAUUUGCUGGGAAGCGUCAACCAUUCAGCAAAACUGAUUGUUCAGUGUGAGCUGCCUUAUUUGAGUUGUCAUAAUUCUGUAAGAUUUAGGCCCCUCCUUUGCAGAAACUCUAUAAAUUUUAGAAAGGAUUCGGGCAGGUAGUUUUACUUGUUUAAAGAGACAAAAACGGUUUCAUCUACUUGGAGAGGUCAGUAGUUGAAUAUGUAAAAGUCGUGGAGAACUUCCGGCGGUUGCUUGGUGUCUCUUCGCUUCAUAUAUUUAGCAACAAUUGAUAUUAUAGUCCCAUGGUAUGAGAAUAGUUAUGUCGAGAAUGCAGUUUCAAUUUUGUCUGCUUAAACAACGUUCAUCAGUAACGUAGAAAACGGAUUUUUUUACAGUUUUAGAAAGAUCACUGCAACUAGCUAUUUUACACACUUAAAAAGACAGUAGCUUUCAAGUUUGAGAAUUAAAGAUUUUCCAAGUAAAGCUUUGUCUCCUUUUUAAAAAUCACCUUUCUUUUCUUUUUUCUUUCGUUUUAUCCAGUUCAUCCUCGCCUUUUUUGGUUAUCUAGUCGACUUAUGGCGGAAGAAGGGCAAAACGUAACAAUCUUCUGCAACGCUUCUGGUCAGCCGCAGCCUAAGGUCACGUGGCUAAAAGCCGUUGGAACUUUGCAGAAAGGACGAACCACCGUGGUGAAAGGAGCCUUGACAGUUUACAAAGUGACGAAAAGCGAUGGUGGAACAUACAUUUGCAAGGCUGAAAAUAUCCUGGGGUCAGUAUCUGUCGCGGCUCUACUAAUGUUAUUCUCCCCUUUGCGCUUUAAAGUCCGUCCUCCUCAAGAAGUGACUUCUGCUAUGUUUGGUUCAACUCUACGGUUGCCUUGUGCAGCCGAGAGUGAUUUGAGGCCGAGAAUUACCUGGAUAAGGGAUGGCAAGUUUUCACUUCCUGGGGAAUUUUUUGUUUUACAGAAUGGAACUCUUGUAAUUCAAAACAUUAAGAAAUCGCACCAAGGAUUUUACACCUGUAGAGCGACUAAUGCUGUGAAAAGAAUAGAAGCUAAAGUCAAAAUCAAUUCCCCUGUUACAGCUUCUUCCUGUUCUGCUAUAAGAAAAUACGUCAGCAGCGUAAGCGGAAAUUACGUUAUUGAUCCAGAUGGUGAGGGAGGCCAGGCUUCAUUUUCUGUUUAUUGCGACAUGACCGAUAAGAAGGGAGUUGGCGUGACAGUCAUCAGUCACGACAGUGAGAGCAGGACAUUUGUCCCGAGCCACAAGCCUCUGCAUGAUAUUCACUACACAGGAGCGAGUCUUUCGCAGUUGGCGAGUCUCACUAGAGUCUCUUCUCAAUGUGAACAGUUCAUCAAGUACGAGUGUUACGGGUCCCAUUUGUUUAACUCGUGGUGGUUGUCACGUGAUUCUAAAAGAAUGUCAUACUGGGGUGGAGUAUCACCUGGCAAUGGAAAGUGCGCAUGCGGGAUGACCAACUCAUGUGCCAACACCGGAGAACGUUGUAACUGUGAUAAGAAUGACAAUGUAUGGCGUGAAGACAGCGGUCUCCUGACUGACAAGACAACGCUUCCAGUAAAACAGCUUUAUUUUGGUGAUGUUGGUGGCAGCAGUGAAAAAGGUUAUCGUACUCUGGGAAAAUUGAAAUGCUAUGGCACAGCGUGA